AAAAAUUACAUAACAAUGUAUUUGUAGUGUGUGUUCUACAAAGUUUUUAAUCUAUAUGUUUUUAUACCGUGUUUUGUCCACGUGAUUGAAAAGUGAUAUAAAUUAUGUUUGCGUUUUAUUAAGAUUUUUGUCUCAACUAUAACCAGGACGGUAGUACAACAUAUUUUAUUGAAAAAGGAACAUUUUUCUUCACAUGAGAAUUUAACGAACGUUAAGAAGGAAAUAAAAAGAAUUCGUUUGGUAUUUCAAUUGGAAGAGGAUUGAAGAUGAACAAUCAAUUUUUGAAAAAAAAUCAAGGAGAUCGAUCGCCAAAUCGAAUGUCCAAAUUUGUAAAUCACAUCAUAAGACAAUAUCGAAUGCGUUUCGAACAACGCCCAGAGUAUUUCAAAUAUACCGGAACUGAAGUGGAGAUGGAGAGUGUAGCUGAGAGCAUCGUCAGAGGUGUGACCAAUCGAGUGAGGCAGUACCGUACUGUGACCAUGAAUUUGGGUGAACUAAUUCGAUUGAAAAUGCCGCAACUUGUAUCCAAUCCUGACACCAGUGCAACAGAUCAGGACAUAUCGACAGGUCUGUUCAGUCCAAUCGUGCCUCACGCUCUGCAUUCAGAAGAAAGGAAUUCGUAUCCAAUUGUGGAAGAUUUCCCAAUCGAAGGAGCAGCGCAACCCCACUUCCCUCAAGCUCGACCCGUAAGAUUACCGCGAGGACAGAACGUUGAUCCACCACCGAUCGGGGGCGUAAUUGCGGUGCAAUACUAUGUACCAGUACCACCUAGGUUGCUACCAGCCAGGAUUCCGAAUCCGGCACUUCCGAGAGUUCGGCACCUGCCUGUACCGCCACGUGCUGUACCACCUGUAUUACCACAUCCUCCUAGGGUGCAGCCACCAAUUGCUGCUAGAGUACCACCGCCGCAGGAUAGGGAAUUCGGACCACCGCCCUUACAACAUGAUAUGAUCCGAGACUUCGGUGCAUUGAAUCCUUUGGGAUAUUUGUCACCUCUGACAUUCUUCAAUAAUGCCGUUUCACAUAUGUACGUAACUAUGUGGAUAAGUAAGAGAUUGUUGGAUGGUAACGCCAUCAAUAAUUCUGCGCACUUUCUUCGAAUUCGGGCGAAUAGUAGAUGGGGUUUGACCAGUCAACAUUCUAAUUCGAACAAAAUGUUAAGAAGACGUAGAGGUUCCGAUAGUCGUGUCUUUAACUGUUAUCGACCGGAACCAGGAUCAGAUAGAAGUUACAGGAUACCGACCAAACAUGUGAAUGCCGAACGUUCGGCUUUCGUAAAUCCACGUUAUGUAGCAAAUGCAGCCAGUACAAACAAUUCAGACAAUAAAAGCAAUUUAGAAAAUUCAAGAAACGCAGCUAAUACAAAACUAUGCACGUAAUCAAUAGAAUAAAAACAAUCACAACAACCAAAAAUUCAAUAACAACCAUUUUUCAAGAAACUGAAAGCAAGCAAGAAAAUUAAGUUUUUUUUAAAAUAAUUAUAUACAUUAAGUAUAUAUUUCUUAAUCAAGCGUAUUUUUACAAUGAAGUUUUUGCAAUAUUAUUACAAUGUGUACGAGAAUCAUAUG